GCGCAGGGUAUUGUGGGAUUGCUGGACAGUCCGGACGUGGAGGAGUGAGGAGGAGCCGCGGGCCGCUAGAUAAGCUUUCAGGAUGAUGCCCACACCAGUCAUCCUCCUGAAGGAGGGGACUGACAGCUCCCAAGGCAUUCCUCAGCUGGUGAGCAACAUCAGCGCCUGCCAGGUGAUCGCUGAGGCCGUGCGCACCACGCUGGGCCCUCGCGGCAUGGACAAGCUCAUCGUGGACGGCCGAGGUAAAGCAACAAUUUCUAAUGAUGGAGCCACAAUUCUCAAGCUCCUCGACGUCGUUCAUCCGGCAGCGAAGACCCUGGUGGACAUUGCCAAGUCCCAGGACGCUGAGGUCGGUGACGGCACCACUUCAGUGACCCUACUGGCUGCUGAGUUUCUCAAGCAGGUGAAGCCCUACGUGGAGGAAGGCCUGCACCCCCAGAUCAUCGUCCGCGCUUUCCGCACUGCUACCCAACUGGCAGUUAACAAGAUCAGGGAGAUCGCCGUGGCCGUCAAGAAGGAGGAUAAAGAGGAGCAGAGGAAGCUGCUGGAGAAGUGUGCGAUGACCGCUCUGAGCUCCAAGCUCAUCUCCCAGCAGAAGGCCUUCUUUGCCAAGAUGGUGAUGCACGCAGUGAUGAUGCUCGAUGACUUGCUGCAGCUCAAGAUGAUCGGGAUCAAGAAGGUGCAGGGCGGAGCCCUAGAGGAGUCCCAGCUCGUCGCUGGCGUUGCCUUCAAGAAGACGUUCUCUUACGCUGGGUUUGAAAUGCAGCCCAAGAAGUACAACCGUCCCACGAUUGCCCUUCUCAACGUUGAGCUUGAGCUGAAAGCAGAGAAGGACAAUGCUGAGAUCAGAGUCCAUACUGUGGAGGAUUAUCAGGCGAUUGUUGAUGCUGAGUGGACCAUUCUCUAUGACAAGUUAGAGAGGAUCCAUCGUUCGGGGGCCAAAGUCGUUUUGUCCAAACUCCCCAUUGGGGAUGUGGCCACCCAGUACUUCGCUGACAGGGACAUGUUCUGUGCUGGCCGAGUGCCUGAAGAGGACCUGAAGAGAACAAUGAUGGCUUGUGGCGGCUCCAUCCAGACCAGCGUGAACGCUCUUUCAGCCGAUGUGCUUGGCCACUGCGAGGUCUUCGAGGAGACCCAGAUUGGGGGUGAGAGGUACAAUUUCUUCACUGGCUGCCCCAAGGCCAAGACCUGCACCAUCAUCCUCCGCGGCGGGGCCGAGCAGUUCAUGGAGGAGACAGAGCGGUCCCUACAUGACGCCAUCAUGAUCGUCAGGAGGGCCAUCAAGAACGACUCCGUCGUGGCUGGUGGUGGGGCGAUUGAGAUGGAGCUCUCCAGGUACCUUCGAGAUUACUCCAGGACCAUCCCAGGAAAGCAGCAGCUGCUGAUUGGAGCUUAUGCCAAAGCCUUGGAGAUCAUCCCACGCCAGCUGUGUGACAAUGCUGGCUUUGAUGCCACCAACAUCCUCAACAAGCUGCGGGCCCGGCACGCCCAGGGAGGCAUGUGGUACGGCGUGGACAUCAACAACGAGGACAUCACUGACAACUUUGAGGCCUUCGUGUGGGAGCCGGCUAUGGUGCGCAUCAAUGCCCUGACUGCAGCCUCUGAGGCCGCGUGCCUCAUCGUAUCAGUUGACGAGACCAUCAAGAACCCCCGCUCCACCGUGGAUGCCCCUCCUCCAGGGGGCAGGGGCCGAGGCCGGGGUCGCCCCCACUGAAGAGACCACUGAAGAUGGC